AUGUCGAGCAAUCAGUUCCAACAACUCAGACAUGUCAGACCCAACAACUCAGACAUGGUCAGAACAAUUCAGUUCCAACAACUAACAGUCAAACAACUCAGACAUAUUCCAAACAACUCAGACAGACAAAACAUCCAACAAUUCAGACAUAUUCCAACUCAGACAUAUUCCAACAACUCAGACAUAUUUCCAUUUCAGAACACAACAUGUUCCAACAACUCAGACAUGUUCCAACAACUCAGACAUAUUCCAACAACUCAGACAUACCAACAACUACAUAUUCAUUCCAACAACUCAGACACUCAGACAUUCCAACAACUCAGACAUGUUCAACACUCAGACAUUUCCAACAACUCAGACAUAUUCCAACAACACUAUUCAAAACUCAGACAUAUUCCAACAAACUCCAAACAACUCAGACAUAUUCCAACAACUCAGACAAACAACUCAGACAACAACUCAGACAUAUGUUCAAACAACUCAGACAUGUUCCAAAACUCAGACAUAUUCCAAACCGACAUAUUCCAACAACUCAGACAUAUUCCAACAACUCAGACAUAUUCCAACAACUCAGACACGUUCCAACAACUCCUCCAACAACUCAGACAUAUUCCAACAACUCAGACAUGUUCCAACAACUCAGACAUAUUCCAACAACUCAGACGCAACAACUCAGACAUUUCCAACCAGACAUAUUCACAAGACAACUCGGUUCAACAAGACCAACAGACAUAUUCCAACAACUCGACUCACAUAUUCCAACAACUCAGACAUAUUCCAACAACUCAACAUGGACAUAUUCCAACAACUCAGACAUAUUCCAACAACUAUUCCAACAACUCAGUCCAACAACUCAGACAUGUUGUUCCACACAACAACUCAAGACAUAUUCCAACAACUCUCGGUUCCAACAACUCAGACAUAUUCCCAACAACUCAGACAUAUUCCAACAACUCCACAUUCAGACAUAUUCCAACAACUCAGACAUAUUCCAACAACUCAGACAUAUUCCAACAACUUCCAACAACUCAGACAUAUUCCAACAACUCAGACAUAUUCCAACAACUCAGACAUAUUCCAACAACUCAGACAUAUUCCAACAACUCGACAUAUUCCAACAACUCAGAACAUAUUCCAACAACUCGGACAUAUUCCAACAACUCAGACAUGUUCCAACAACUCAGACAUACAACUCAGACAUAUUCCAAACAACUCAGACAUAUUCCAACAACUCCAUUCCAACAACUCAGACAUGUUCCAACAACUCAGACAUAUUCCAACAACUCAGACAUAUUCCAACAACUCAGACAUCUCAGACAACUUCAGACAUAUUCAACUCAGACAUGUUCCAACAACAGACAUAUUCCAACAACUCAGACCAACACUCAGACAUGUUCCAACAACUCAGACAUUCCAACAACUAUUUCCAACAACUCAGACAUGUUCCAAACCCAACAUAUUCAGACAUAUUCCAACAACUCAGACAUAUUCCAACAACUCAGACAUAUUCCAUACCGUUUGGAUCCAACGCUGGAGAGCAAGUGA